AUGCCAUCCGAAUCCGGCUCGAAACACCACUCCCCCCGUACCGCUGGACCGUCACCCGCGAGCCCCCGCCCGUUCAACUACAUGUCAGAUGAUGAAAUUGCCACAAGCGACGUCACUCUGAGCGGUAGCUCCAAGACCAGCUCUAAGCGUCGUCGUAUCGGGCGGUUCACUCCGCCAAAGUCGGUUUUGGUGUACCGCGAACCACCGACUUCUCCUACCAUCGACCGUCGCCGAGGAAAGCGCGCGAUCAAGGUGCCGUCCAAGAAUUUGACCGCGGUGAGAAAGAAGACAUUGAUCAAGGAGACGUUCAACAAGGAGACCUCGAAUAAGGAAACCUUGACCAACAAGAGCCGACCACAGCAGUUUUUUGAUAAGACGGCCCAGCCCUGGGAAUACGACAUCUUCGACGCAAUGAAUGGCCCCAGUACCCCGCCCCGCGCCGGCUUUGGUAUCUCUCACAAUCUUCGGAGCCCUACUCUGUCCCAGAAGUCACCGGGAACUCCUUCAGAUCCCGGCUUGUCCAGCGAACGAAGUGGACACCCGAGCACCUGUAUUUCCCACAACGAGCCAUCUGCCUGA